CUAUGUGUAUGUUUGUUUGCAUGCGUAUGUAUGUAUGUACGUCUGUUUGUUUGUAUAUAUGUGUGUAUGUCUGUUUGCAUAUAUUUCGUGAUUAUUCAUGUUUGUUCGCGAUUGUUCGCGUUACUUUGUGAUUGUUCGUGUUCGUAUAUAUUCGUGAUUGUUCAUGUUUGUUUGCGAUUGUUCGCGUUAGUUUGUGAUUGUUCGUGUUCGUGCAUAUUUGUGAUUAUUCAUGUUUGUUCGCGAUUGUUCGCGUUAGUUUGUGAUUGUUCGUGUAUGUUCGUGUAUAUUCGUGAUUGUUAG